AUGUCUGGACGCGGGAAAGGCGGGAAGGGUCUCGGGAAAGGCGGCGCCAAGCGCCACCGCAAGGUGCUCCGCGACAACAUCCAGGGCAUCACCAAGCCCGCCAUCCGCCGCCUGGCCCGGCGCGGCGGCGUCAAGCGCAUCUCGGGGCUCAUCUACGAGGAGACCCGCGGGGUGCUCAAGGUCUUCCUGGAGAACGUCAUCCGCGACGCCGUCACCUACACCGAGCACGCCAAGCGCAAGACCGUCACGGCCAUGGACGUGGUCUACGCGCUCAAGCGCCAGGGCCGCACCCUCUACGGCUUCGGCGGUCGUAGCGCAAUGGCCCGGACCAAGCAGACGGCGCGCAAGUCCACAGGCGGGAAGGCGCCCCGCAAGCAGCUGGCCACCAAGGCGGCCCGCAAGAGCGCGCCGGCCACGGGCGGCGUGAAGAAGCCGCACCGCUACCGGCCCGGCACCGUGGCGCUGCGCGAGAUCCGCCGCUACCAGAAGUCCACCGAGCUGCUGAUCCGCAAGCUGCCGUUCCAGCGGCUGGUGCGCGAGAUCGCGCAGGACUUCAAGACCGACCUGCGCUUCCAGAGCUCGGCCGUCAUGGCGCUGCAGGAGGCGUGCGAGGCCUACCUGGUGGGGCUCUUCGAGGACACCAACCUACUCACAACCGAUAGCAUGUCCGGACGCGGCAAGGGCGGGAAGGGCCUGGGCAAAGGCGGCGCCAAGCGCCACCGCAAGGUGCUCCGCGACAACAUCCAGGGCAUCACCAAGCCCGCCAUCCGCCGCCUGGCCCGGCGCGGCGGCGUCAAGCGCAUCUCGGGGCUCAUCUACGAGGAGACCCGCGGGGUGCUCAAGGUCUUCCUGGAGAACGUCAUCCGCGACGCUGUCACCUACACCGAGCACGCCAAGCGCAAGACCGUCACGGCCAUGGACGUGGUCUACGCGCUCAAGCGCCAGGGCCGCACCCUCUACGGCUUCGGCGGCUAAGCUCUCCUCCCCUCACCCACUCCCAAAGGCCCUUUUCAGGGCCCCCACUUUCUCCGCUAAAGAGCCGCAAUGCUGUUGUGUCUUCGGGAGCUUCUUGCGGGAUAUCUGCGUUUCUUUCCCCGCCCUGCACUUUUCUAGGUGCUUGAAGCUGAAAGCUAUUUAAGUGGAUCUCGCGCCAUACGCGUAACCGUUUUUACUACAGAAGCCUUUUGCGAGAACACCCCACGGGAACGUUAAUAGUUUGUAAUUUAUACAGCACCUGAACUAUCCCGAAGUACAACUGGCUCUCAGCAAAGACAACGCUAGCCAGAGAACUGCACGUCUUUGCGUAGUGGUUUCAAAGGGGGUUUGGCGUUUGGUUCAAUGUUGACCCUGGCAGUCUCCCAGCAAAGAAUCUGAAUAAAAUUGAAAUGG